AUGGGCGUUGUACCAUUAAGCAAUUUUAAAAUAGCAAAUGUUCUACCGAUUUAUAAGAAUGGAUCUCCAACUAGUACUUGUAAUUAUCGUCCAAUCUCUCUUCUUUCAGUAUUCAGUAAGCUCUUAGAGAAACUUAUGUCAAAUAGGCUGCUUGAUUUUAUCCAAUGAAAAGCAAUUUUGUUUGAUAAUCAAUUCGGAUUUUGUGCUAAACACUCUACUGACUUUGCCGUUCUUAGUAUAAUUGAUAAAAUACAAAAAGCAAUUGAUGAACAAGAUUUUUCUUGUGGAAUAUUUUUAGAUCUUAGUAAAGCCUUUGACACAGUCAAUCAUGAAAUCUUAAUAAAAAAAUUAGAGCAUUAUGGAAUACGGGGUGUAGCUAAACACUGGUUUGAAUCCUAUCUUAGAGGCCGCUAUCAAACAGUUACAGCAAAUAAUACUAAGUCUUCGGCUAAUAUUAUUUCUUGUGGUGUACCACAGGGAUCCGUUCUUGGUCCAAUUUUAUUUGUUUUGUAUGUCAAUGAUUUUCAUCACAGUUCUAACCUCUUCGAUUUUCAUUUAUUUGCCGACGAUGCAAAUUUGUUCUACCGACAUAAAAAUAUUAAUAUUUUGCAAUCAGAUGUUAAUACCGAAUUAAAUAGUAUUAAUGUCUGGCUAUGUGCCAAUAAGUUAUCGCUCAAUGUAGAAAAAUCAAAUUUUGUCCUUUUUCAUCCAUCACAACGAAAAAUAGGUAUAAAUUUUCAAUUAAGUAUAAAUGACAAGAUUAUUAAACAAUGCUAUUCGGUUAAAUAUCUGGGCAAUUCUGAUUGACUCUAACCUUGGUUGGAAAUCUCAAAUUGAAUGUAUUGCUAAAAAAUUAAGAGAAGUGUGGGCAUUCUAUCUAAAUUACGGUACUAUGUUCACACUAACAUUCUGAUUAACACUAACACUUUGAUUUAUCCAUUUCUAAUAUAUGGUAUAAUCAUCUGGGGUAAUACUUACCCCAGUACAAUACAACCACUUUUUGUUUUACAAAAGAAGGCCAUGCAUAUUACAACGUUUUCUGAAUAUAACGAACAUUCAAGUCCAUUGUUUAAGUUAAUUAUUAAAUAUAAUCAAGAUCUUUGAUUUGGUAACUUUCCAUAUUGCAUCAUUUAUGUAUAAAUUCCACCAUCGACUAUUGCCCUCAGUUUUUGAUAACUUUUUCACUCCAAUAGAUAGAAUACAUAAUUAUAAUACAAGAUUGGCAUGAAAACAGAGUUAUUACCUUCCUAAAGCAAGAACUAAUUAUGGUUUAUUCAAUAUAAGAUUUCAAGGAACCAAGAUAUGGAAUUCCAUAAACGAAAAUAUAAAACUGUUUUCUUUUUCAAAAUUCAAAAAUAAACUAAAAAGUGAUAUAUUGCAUAAAUAUUAAACAUUUUAUUCUCAGUAAAAUUUUUCUUCUUCUUGCUAUAUAAGUUGAUAAAGCUGUUCUGAUCCUUUUCCUUCAUCCCAACUCCAAACCAAAAUCUACUGGUAAUGUAUUAUAUUAUAAUAUGUUGCAAUUGUAAAUUGUAUUUAAUUUAUUCUUAGUGUAGUUCUAUGUGUAAGUCUGUUUUUUGUUACUGCUAGUGUCAUGUUGUACCUAUUUUCCGAUUAUAUAAGUUACUUAAGUAUUUUUGCGAACUGGCUUCCUGGCAUUUUUAGCCAUCUUAGGUUAUUUCGGGAAGCCAGUACCCUACUUUUAUUAUAAUUAAUUUAUCUUAUAAUCCAUGUAGUAUUUUAACAAAUGGGUACAAUAAAGUGUAUUGUAUAGUUCAUUGUAUACAAGUUUUGAUUCAGAAACAUUUAAAUCAUAUAAUGAUUUAGCUACUGCUCUUAAAGCCCACUUUACUAAUCCUGCUUCUAUUUGGCUGUGGCUCCAGCAACUAUCUGCUUGAAAACAGGAGGAACAUGAGUCCUUGUCUAACUAUUCUCUGACAUUAGGCAUUUAUGCAAACGAUUGGGCCUUACUGAUUUAGUUGUAAGGCACUAUUUUAUUCAAGGUCUUCACCCUGAUCUAAAAAGCCAUGUUAUCUUAGGGCAGCCCAAAAGUUUAUCAGAGGCUGAAAAUUUUGCAAACCUUAAGGAGGCUGUGUUAAAACAUACACCUAAUUUCACUCAGCAAAAACUCGAAAGUCAAUUGCAGUCUGUAGUAACAAGUUUGGAACGCCUUACAAAGGCACAACAAAACAACAUAUCAAAUGUUGCCGCCUAUAAUGCACAUUCGCAUGACUUCAGAUAUGACCAACAUCAUGGGGGUCAGUCCACUCUCUCAGGUCCCAGACAUGAUUCAGAUCACCUGGCUAAGUUGGUUCGAGACAAAGUGCGUUGACAAACCAGGUUCAUAGCACCAACAACCAGGCCUUCAAAUCCAGGUGUACCAUCUUUUUGCAACCGCCGUACUAUUGAUGGAUUACCUAUUUGCAAUAAGUGUGACAAAGUUGGUCACAUUGCUCGCAGUUGUAGGAGUAUUCGUAACCCCCAUGCAAAAUAUCCUUCACUUAUAUAACCAAACCUUUCGCCCAAAUGCACCUACCUUUCGACCAAAUGCACCUACUUUUGGCAAUCAAAAAAGGACUAACAACCCAUUUCACCAGCAGUUGGGAAACUAGUUGUGGCUUCUUUAUACCGGGACGAUAGAAAGGUGAAGUAUUUACAGCAAAUUAAUGAAAUUCAAUGUCUCGUAAAGGAUCAACCUAAUAAUGUUAAUAACUCUGUUAAUGAAACUAAUGAUAUUUCUGUUGCAACUCUGGUUAAUUUGGAAGUAGAAGAACUUAGACAUAUAGAUAUCUCAAGCCCACCAGUAUGUAAGGAAAAUAUAGAAACAAUACACCCUGAUCUUGUGGAUAUUGAUUUCACUUUAUGUACAGAUAGAAGUCAUAGUGUUAUAAGUGAGAAAAAUGCUCCAGCUAGCCAAUUGAUAAUAAAUUGUGAUACAUUGACGAUAAAUGAAAUAGAUAAUUCUAAAGUGACAGAGUCACAGCAUAUACAUGUACCACAGCAUGUUGACAUUGAUGUUAGACAACCAUUUUUUUCUGAGUAUAGUACCAUAGAUGUACCAGUCUGUGAUGACCUAGCAGAUUUAUCCCCAUGUGAAGUUAAAGGAAAUGAGAUACAAAGCAGCGAAAUGGUUUUUAAUACUGAUUUAGAAGGAAUAAUAUUUCCUGUUUCUAACCCCACUGAGAGUUAUGUUGAUAAGCCUGUUCCUGAAUCAUUGAUUUCAUUUCAACUUGGUGAAUUCAAGUACCCUGACUAUGCCUAUAUUGUUGAUAACUUGGCUUAUGAGGUAAUAUUUGGUGCAGAUCUCUUGAUGCAUUAUCAAUCUGUUAUCAACUUUGACACUAGUAAAUUGCAGGUACCACCUCCUACGAACACACCACCACCACCAACAGAUACACCACCACCUUGUUCGACAUCUAGUUAA